AUGCUCCCGCCGCUGCUGCAGCCUAUUGAUGCCAUACAACACAAGCAAGGGGUAAACUCUACAAGGGACGAAAAAUUCGUGGCUCUCUCUUCCUUGCUUCAAAGUGAGGCAUCUCAUGCAGAAGCAUGGCCUGGGGCUGCGGGCAUGCGAGGGACGACAGGCUGCUGGGUAGGCCAGCAUGGCGGGGUACGAAUAGGUUCAGGCACAGCAGCAGCAGCAGCGGCGGCGGCGGCGGCAACAGCAGGGCCGUCGUCGCCUGAUGGCUUCGAUGCGAAGCACCUGGGCGGGCGUGAUCUCGGUGCGAAGCGAAUCGACGAAAUGAAGCGCGCCAAUGCAAUUGCUACUGCCGGUGUCGGUGCCGAUGUGCCGAUGCCAGUGUCAAAGUUGUCAACCGAUCGUGACCGAUGGAUGCUGCUGAUGCAGCGGGAGGUUGCUUCGCCCAUUCAUUUCCUUUCCAACUCUGUCUGCUCGUCACCUAUUGAGCUCGCCGAGAGCACAGCUUGCCAUGGGCCAUCGAUGCGCGAACUUUGCAUACUUUCAGCCGUUGGGUUUAUUGCCUAUUCCAGAGAGGGAGGGAGAGAACUGACCAAAACCACACUCUCCAUGAAGUUUGCUGAACGAAAACCAAAACGCUGA